UCUGUGGGCGGGCAAGCUAACGGGGCCUUGGCCAGGGUCACAGUGGCAGAGGGCAACGGCGGUGCGGCGAUGUCCCGUUACACGGUGCAUGUGCGCGACGAGUGGCUGACGGUACCUUGCCGAGACGGGGCAGCCAGUGUGGGUUGGCUCGGCCGGGAGGCACUCCGUCGUUAUACUAAGAAUAAGCCAGGCAGCGUCUCCCUGAGUGGAGCAGGUUUCGUGGUGCGACGGUGCCGGGAGCUUGCACUGCUCGAUCUCGACGAUGCGCUGGCAGACGUACUGGAGAACAACGAGUUCGUGGAAGUGGUGCUGGAGGACGAUGCUGUGUCUCCUGACUUCAGCCAGCGGCAGCCCGCCGCCGUGCAUCCCUCCGCUAACUAUCGGGAGCCUGAUGAGUGUAUUUAUUUAGAUGGAAAUCAUUUAACAAUUGAAGAACUAGUUCGUUUGGGAAGAGGACUAUACAAGAUCAAGCUCACUGCAGAAGCUGAAGAGAAAAUCAAACAGUCAAGAUUACUUCUGGAAAAUAUUGUGAAAGAACAUAAAGUUGUGUAUGGAAUAACAACUGGCUUUGGGAAAUUUGCUCGGACUGUUAUCCCACACAGUAAGCUCAAGGAACUCCAAGAGAAUCUUGUUCGCUCCCACUCAGCCGGUGUGGGUGAGCCCUUGUCACCGGAGAGGUGCCGAAUGCUUCUGGCUCUCAGGAUCAAUGUCCUUGCCAAGGGUUACAGUGGAAUCUCCUUGGAGACUCUUGAUCAGGUGAUCCAGGCCUUCAAUGCUUCCUGCCUCUCCUACGUCCCAGAGAAGGGAACCGUUGGGGCCAGUGGGGACCUUGCUCCCCUUGCCCACCUUGCCCUUGGACUGAUGGGUGAAGGGAAAAUGUGGUCGCCAAAAAGUGGCUGGGCUGAUGCUAAAUACGUCUUGCAGGCACAUGGACUGAAACCUGUUUCGCUGAAACCAAAGGAGGGACUGUCGCUGAUCAACGGGACACAGAUGAUCACCUCGCUGGGUGCAGAGGCGGUGGAGAGAGCGACGGCAAUAGCCCGGCAGGCUGACAUUAUUGCAGCUCUUACACUGGAGGUUCUCAAAGGGACCACUAGAGCCUUCGACAGUGACAUCCACGAGCUGCGGCCACACCCUGGUCAGGUGGAGGUAGCCUUCCGGUUCAGGUCACUGUUGGGUUCUGAUCAUCAUCCCUCUGAGAUAGCAGAAAGCCACCGGUUCUGUAAUCGUGUACAGGAUGCCUACACCCUGAGGUGCUGCCCACAGGUACAUGGGGUUGUGAAUGACACGAUUGCCUUUGUCAAAAAUAUCAUUGAGACUGAAAUCAACAGUGCUACAGAUAACCCAAUGGUGUUUGCAGAACGAGGGGAGACAAUUUCUGGUGGAAACUUUCAUGGCGAAUAUCCUGCAAAAGCCCUUGACUAUCUGGCGAUCGCUGUACAUGAGCUGGCUGCGAUCAGUGAGCGGCGCAUCGAGAGGUUGUGUAACCCGUCCCUGAGUGAAUUGCCCCCCUUCCUGGUUAAUGAAGGGGGUCUGAACUCUGGUUUCAUGAUUGCUCACUGCACAGCAGCUGCCUUAGUCUCUGAGAACAAGGUCCUGUGCCACCCAUCGUCUGUUGACUCGCUGUCCACCAGUGCUGCCACUGAAGACCACGUCUCUAUGGGGGGAUGGUCCGCCAGGAAGGCACUGAAAGUCAUCGAGCACGUGGAGCAAGUGCUCAGCAUAGAGUUGCUUGCUGCCUGCCAGGGGAUCGAGUUUUUACGGCCUCUCAAGACGACCACUCCUCUGGAAAAGGUCUACGAUCUGGUUCGUUCCGUAGUGAGGCCCUGGAUUAAAGACCGAUUCAUGGCACCAGACAUUGAUGUCGUCCAUCGGUUACUGCUGGAGCAAAAGGUUUGGGAAGUGGCUUAUCCAUACAUCGAGAAGUACCGAUUAGCCAACCUGCCUGAGGCCAGACCUGUCUCGCCAACCGCCUUUACCCUGCCAUCAGACUCUUCCAAGGAGUAGCUCCCCCCAGCCUGGUGAUCGGAACCAAAUUGAUUGAAACUUAUGUAAUAUAUCUUCACAAAACUGUGCAGUGUUUAUCAGUAAUGUUUGCAGGGUAACUAAAAGACAAAUUAAUUUUAUAAAUGGUUAUGUGUUUAUAUAAUUAUAAAUUAAUAUAAUUUUAUAAAUUGUUAAAUUGUCAAAAAAGCAUUGACAUUACUUAAUACUCAAGUAACUGAUAUGAUCAAUAAUGUAUCUCAGAAUCCAAGUCAGGAGAUCCAGUGUUCCCAGCCUGACCCUUUUAAGAUUGGACCUUGGUGUAACUAGGCACAAUUAGCUCAAUAUUAGCACUUGCAAUGUAAUAACCAUUACAUAAUUCAGUGUUUUUAGUAAUAAAUAUUUGGAACAUUU